GAGGAAUUGCAAUAACAGGAAACUCGGCAGCGUUUUCCGCGUUGAUGCUCUCGAUGACCACCGGGAACAACUGACGGACACGCAGUCGGGGAAAAAAAAAAUCACGGUUAAACUCACGGACAGGAGUCGUUGUCAGAAACCAAAAUCUGAGGUGUUAAGGGGCAAUGGAUUCACCCUCAGAUCUAUUUCGCCAGCAACCAUCUCAAAUGUGCCCCUUUGGCCUGUAUGCCAGCCCUCGUGGCAGUACCCCCACUGCCCCGCUCUACCCUGGAGGCAGCCCACCCAACUACCCUCUCAUUUCCCCUCUACUGCAUUCCAACAGUGCCUCCCAGAGGUGGGGAGGCUACCAGCACCGACAGAGCUUUUUCCCAGGACCUCCACUUAACAACAAGAUGGAUGAGGGGGUUGAUGAGGAAGUGGAGGAUAUGUUUGGAGCGAGGGAGCUUGGGAGAGGCGUCAACACAAUGUCACAGCUCAUUCCUGGAUGCACUAGAAAAGUGUCAGACCCCGAGCCCUGGAACCAGGAUGUAAGGAGGGAGAAACGACUAAGGAUGGACAAUGGAAUCAGAGGUGAAGGAGAGAUGGAUCGGGAGAGGGAGGGAGCGAGGAGAGAUCUGCCUCGGUCGGCAAGGGAGGAGAAAAGGAUGGAGGAGGAGGAGGAAGAGAGAAAGAGGAAAGGAAGAAGGGAGGGGAGGCAACGACAACGGCAAGAGUUGAAGCUUCAGCUGGAGGAAACUCGUGGAAGACUCCUGGAGCUCCAGAGAAAAGUAUGGAGAGUUUACGGAGAGCAGCAGACGGAGGAGGAGCAGAAAGGAGGUGAAGAGCGAGGAAGAAUAAAUAUGGAGGAGGUGGCGGAGAUAUUCUCAGACGAAGAGAGAGAUGAUCCAGUCGUCUGCUCCGGGGAAUCUCGUCACCUCAGAGCUUCUAGCAGAGGUGAAGACAGAGACAGAAACGGGUCUGAGAUUUUUCCGGACGGUACGUUGGAUGAGGAUCCAGAGUUGGAUGGUGGAGAAGUGUGGUUUGGGUGUAGUUUGGUUCGAGGAGAAUGGGAAAGCCCCGCUGGGGGUCAAAAGUUUGCGCAAGCCCUUAAAAAGGAACUGGCCAACGCUGUGGCACGGGUCAUUGACAGGGUCGUCCGCCUUUACGCAGAAACCGACCCCUCACCUCCCAAAGUUCUCCUUCAUGAGACUCCUUCGAGGAGGACGUUCGUUUCGAACCCAGAUGACAAGCAGAGACCAAGUAGAGCAGCCUCCCAUGUGGAGCAGGAGGAGAUGGAGGCAUUACCUCUAGUUGCAAAAAGACCUCAGGAGAAGAGGACUCCCCUCCCUCAGGGCGUACAGAGGAACCCACUCCUACCGCAACCCAAUCCAACCCUUCCGCCCCUGCCUCAGGCUCCAGUCCCUGCUCUACUACCCACCCGAAACAAAGACCCCUUCCUGCCUUCCUACCCUCCUAAGCCACCCCCUUUUCCUCUACCAUUGCUCCACUACACCAUGCAGCACCUGUUUGCCCGAUCCCUCUCCAACCUGCCCCUGCACAAGGACUGCCUCUCCUCCGAACCCUUCCUGGAUUUCCGCUCUCAUGCUCCUUCUUUCCCGCCUCUCCCGCUCCUGAGCCAGCUAGACCCUCCUCUCUCAGACCGAGGUAGAGAUGGAGGGAUUAGAGGAGGAGGAGGAGGAGCAGAUGGGGGAGAUUCAACCCUUUACCUUGGCGCUGGGUCGUCUCAGGAGGGUUUAUCCCCAUGUCAUCUGAAGAAAGCUAAGCUCAUGUUCUUCUACACUCGCUAUCCCAGCUCCAACACUCUCAAGACUUACUUCCCUGAUGUAAAGUUCAAUCGUUGUGUCACCUCUCAGCUCAUCAAGUGGUUCAGUAAUUUUAGGGAGUUCUUCUAUAUCCAGAUGGAGCGCUUUGCCCGGCAGGCAGCCAGGGAAGGCCUUCCUGCAGCCAGGGAUGGAGCACUGCGGCUUGGCAGGGAUUCAGAACUGUACCGCAUCCUUAACAUGCACUAUAACAAGAGCAAUGAUUACCAGGUUCCUGACAGGUUUCUGGAAGUGUCCGAGCUUGCCCUGAGGGAGUUUUUCUCUGCCAUCCAGAGUGGCCGUGAUGCUGACCCCUGCUGGAAGAAAUCCAUCUACAAGAUCAUCUGUAAACUGGACAGUCCAGUGCCUGACAGCUUCCGUUUACCAGGCUGUCCUUUAGACGCACACCGCAUGGCCUAAGGAACAACACACACACAUGCAUAGAUGCAUACAAGCACAGACCCUGUAUGGCAUAGUGAACAAAGUGUACACAAACACACACACACACACACACACACUCUCGGUAGGUUCUGAGGAACAAAGAACAGAUGUAUGCACGUGCGCGCACACACACAUGCACACACACACACACACACACA